UAUUAUUAUGAUUUUACACAUUAAUUAAACCUUAAACCCACCAAUCUAUAAUAUAUAUAUAGUGUAUAUAUAGUAUAUACCUAUAUAUAUUACCUAUGUAAAUGAUGUAAUUGUUGACUUUGUUCAAACGAUAUUUUCAUCGUCCUUUAGCAUUUCUCCCCUCAUAGCUGUUCGAAUUAGAUGUUAAACCAUUUCAGUGUUGAUUACGGCGCACAAAGGCGCUCACGAGUGCAAAUUCCUGGAGGAUCGCGGGGACAAAAACGCCAAUUUAUUCAUUAGACAUCAAGAGUGGGUAGUUGAGUGUCACAAGAUGAAAAAAAAAACUAAAAAGCACAACAUGGAUUUAAUACCCGAUCAAAUGGAAAGACCCAAAUACCCCAAGUCUACAUGGUUGAUUAUAAUCUUUGAAUUUUGUGAACGAUUUACCUAUUUUGGAUUAAAAACCAUCUUGGUUUUGUACCUGACAACAAUAUUGAAGUUCAACGGUGACGAGUCGACCAUAAUAUAUCACAGUUUCAUAUUUCUAGCGUACUUCAUCCCAGUGCCGGCUGCGAUUUUGGGAGACUCUCAUUGGGGAAAAUUCAAAACGGUUUUAUAUAUGUCAUUAGUCUACGUAGUGGGAUGCAUAGUGCUCACCGGCGCAUCAAUUGCAGAUAUGUUCAAUCUGGAUGUUCAAAAAAUCAUUGCACUCUUCGGAUUAUUUUUAAUAUCAGUCGGUACGGGUGGAAUAAAACCGUGCAUAUAUGCAUUUGGUGGCGAUCAAUUUCAAUUGCCUCAACAAGAAAAACAACUACUAUCCUACACUACCAAGUUCUCGUUUUCCGUAUAUGUCGGAGGAUUGAUCACAGCAUUUUUGAUGCCCGAAUUGAGACAAAGCGUACACUGCUUUGGCAGAGAUACAUGUUUUCCAUUGGCUUUCAGUGUAACUACCGUUAUGAUGUUUUUUUCCAUAGCGAUAUUCUUAACUGGAAAAACCAUGUACGUGAUGAAAAAACCGGAACGGAACGGAUUAACCAGGACGAUUGGUUGUAUUUUCUGCGCACUGCGAGCAAAGAUUACUUCGAGCGUUCCCUUCAAGGCCCAUUGGUUGGAGUAUGCAAAGGAAAAGUAUACCGAAUCUGAGAUAUCAGACACGAAGUCUAUCUUGGACGUGAUCUGCGUAUUCACGGCGUAUCCGGUGUUUUGGUCACUUUACGAAUUACCGGGUUCGAGGUGGACAUUGCAAGCCACGCUGAUGAACGGUCGUGUUGACUUCUUAGACUGGACAAUCAAACCCGAUCAAAUCCAGAUGCUUGCACCGUUAUUUGGUAUAACUGUGCUAGUCCUUUUAGAGGACGUUUUUUAUCCAAUGCUUGCGACAAUAGGUAUCCGGAAACCGUUACAAAAGCUCACUUUUUGCGGCGUUCUGGCGGUCAUAGCAUUUGUAAUCGCUGCUCUACUGCAAUUUAAAAUAGUUGGAAAUACCACUGAAAUAGCACCCGGACAAGGACACAUUAACAUUUACAAUGGCUUUGAUUGCAACGUGUACUUACAGUCAAAGUCAUUACAUGUACAGAACUACAUCGGCCCGCUCGAAAUAUUCAAUGUCAGCCACACGGUCGUGUCUCAAGACGUAACUUCAGAAGACAUUGUCGAGAUUACAUUAAGUUUUGAAUCAAAGUGCAAUUUUGUUCCGAAAAACUACGAGUUCAAUACCACAGUGACAAUAAUUGAAGGAAAAGUGAUAUCUUAUCACUUGGCCCGAUUGAAUCCGAACACAAUUGCAUUAAAUCGUGUUGGCAUUUAUGACAGUUUAGUCAAAGAAAAGUUUGGAUACCCUAAUUUUAGAAUUUUAUUUGAUUACACUUUUGAUUUUAUCGAUAAUAUUACAUUAAUCAAGGCUGAUCACAACUCUUUAACAUCAUACUCCCUCUCCUUAUUUAACUGGAUGGAUUUUAAUGCCAUCAAGGUAGGGAAAUAUAAUAUUUCCUAUAAUGGAAAAAUGUUUGCUACACCAACUAUGGACAUAAUACCAGCCACGUUUUAUACACUGACAUUACAACGAAAUGGCGAUAAAAUGGAUGUACGGUUAUUUUCCAAAGACGAAGGAAACUACAUUCACCUAAUGUGGCAACUUCCACAAUAUUUGUUUAUGAGUAUAGCUGACAUCAUAUUCAUGGUCACGGUAGUAAAGUUUGCAUUUACCGAGGCGCCAACAAGCAUGAAGUCAUUCAUAGCCGCUGCUAGUUUAUCGACCAUGGCAUUUGGAAAUGUCUUGGUUAUUAUAAUUUCAACGAUGGGCAUUAAAAAUCAAGCAUAUGAAUUUCUACUAUAUUCUGGCCUCAUGCUUGCUGAUACUUUAUUAUUAGCUUAUUUUAGUGUGGUUUAUCGGAGUAAAAAUACCGUCAUCACUGACGCAAUAACGCUAAAUGAGAACACAAUGAAUGAAACAACUGGUUUUGACUGAAUAUUUUUCGUUUUAAUACAAUUUGACAAUAUUAUCUACCACGCUCAAAAAAAUUAUUAAUUUAAAGUUGAAUUUUCGUGAUGGUUAUUACAAAUAUUUACGUAUUGAAACUGAUAUAGGUACUAUGCAAUUAUGUAUUAUUUUAUGCUUAAUUCAAAGAUAUUUUUACUAUCAUUGAUGAACUCUAGUUUGUGUUCUUUAGAAUUAUUGAAAACAGAAAUAUAAUUUAGUUUGUGAUUUUCGUAUAUUAUUAUAUUCAUUUCACAAGUUUAAUAUUUUAUAUUAAGAUAUAUUUUUUGCAAUACUAGGUAUAUGUGGUAACUAUACACAUCAUUAAUUUAUCUUUAAAAACUGUUUUUAUUUUUUUUUUUUUAAAUAAUAAUAAAUAUUAUUUGGAUUGUACGUAGAAAAUUAGACUGCUGGAAUAUAGGCUAUCGAAUGAUUGAGAAAGUUGUACAUUUUUAGCUGAAUGAUUGAGAAUACUUAAAAUUAACAAAGAACUUACCAUUAAUUUAAAAAAACCAAUACAACUGAGAAGGAAUUUUCGUGCAACGUUGCCAUUUAAUUUAUUUGGAUAUCAAAGAAUUCACCACGUUAUAUUUUGUUGGUCGAACGAUUGAUUUUCAGUUUUAACAUAGUUGCAAGUUAAUCCUUAUUAGUUAAAGAAAACAUUUUUUAUUAAACUUAAAUGCAAUAAUAAAAAAUAUUGAUAAUAAUAACUUAUAUUACUCAUUUCCUUAUUAAUGUAUAAAAUGAAAUUAAAAUAAUAUUAAUGUAUGUACCUAAAUAUAAUUUGUUAUAAUAAUAUUUUCGAAAUAAGUCAUAAGUUGAUGAUUAUAAUCUUAUAAAAAUAUUUAGUCACCUGUCACCUAAUAAAUAAAAAACGAGUUUGUAAUAAAUUAUAAGUCUGACAUAAAUUAGAAAUCAAUAUUCAUUAUUCACGAUUAUCACAAUCAUAAACUUAUAAGCAUAUUUGUAUAAAAAUAUAAUUAAUAUGUAAUUCGUUACCUAUAAUAUAGCUAAUUUAUUAUAUCAGUUACAGUGUAGCGUAAACUAACACACAUAUACUCUAAAUAUUUUAAUAAAUUACUUACAUUUUUAUUUACCAUACACCGCAU